AUGGAUCAAGCUAUGCUUGAAAAGACCAAAAACGAUAAGAUUCUCUCCCGGUUUGUCAAAAAGGGCGGCGAGACCAUUAAGAAGCUCGCACAAGCCGUCCUCGAGAAUGCAGCUCUGGCGACAAAGAAUAAAUCCGAGUCGGCCAAGGCUGCUACAAAAGAAAAUACAACACAGGUUAAGAAAGAAUUAUCCGAGGUCCCUUAUCCUCACGCCCUAAAUCGAAACCCUGGCCAGCCCAAUGCCAAGAAACGAGCUCGAGAGCCUGAAGGUAGCAAUGGCCCAGCACCAAAACGAGUAGUCUCACCACCAAAUGCAAAGACAGUUUCAAGGCCUCUGGCAGCCAGUGCAACCAACACACAGCGUGGCAUUGCCUCUGGUAGUGACAAUAAACCGGCGUCACAAAAUGCAACCCAGCCUAUCAAACCCAAGGCAAACAUCGUUACCCCUAAACCGACUCCGAGCCUCUUCAGCAGUUUAAUGUCCGCCUCGAAGAAACCGGGAACGUCUAAUGCCGCCCGUGCUGCCGCUGCCGCCGCUGCUGCUAAAGAAAAAGCAAAAACUGAACAAGAAACACCACGCCCUCCACCGAGGCCAGCCUUCUCGUUUGCAGAAACGUUGGCUGAUUUGAGCAAGCCUAAAGAGGUCACUUCGGCAAAACCAGUCGAGGACUUGCCACCAGAGACGGAAGAAGAGAAGGCCAAGAGGCUCAGAAAGGAGGAAAGACGUAAACUUCGAGUCUCUUGGAAACCUGAUGAUAGUCUAGUCGAAGUUCGGUUGUUCACUCAUGAUCCAGAAGAGGAAAUCGGCCGAGAUGACAGUGCCAAGCGCGAUGUUAGUGACCUUGCUGGAGAAGGUCGAACACUCAAAAUGCAUCGCGGUCUGGACGAUUUGGACGAGGAUGAUGAUGACGACGAUAUGCUGGCUUACCGUUGUCCUUCAGAAAUCGAUUUUACCGACCUUGAGGCCAGCGAUCGCGAAAGGAAUUUUGUCAAGACUGGCGGCGAAAAGGCACCGAAGAGUCCUGCGAAGGAAGACCAGGACCAGAGAGAGGCCAACACUCUAAGCGUAUUCUAUACAUCUCCUGAGGACGUCCCUGUCUCUCCCAAAGAACCACCAACCCCUGAAAAGGACGAAGAAGCCUAUGAGCCUGAAGAUGACUUUGGACAGCCCAGCGAUCAGGUCAAGGCCCGAUCCGCGAAAUACUUUGCUGCCAUGGCUGCCGUGGCCGCCAAAGCGACUGGUGCUAGAACUCCUGGUGCUGGCGUCGCACCACAAUCGGCGCCGCCAGUUCCAGCAGCUCCUCCAGCUCCACAGGUCCAGCCUUCGGCACAAAUGGAUAUCUCUUCGUUGCUCAAAGUCCUACAACACAAUCAAUUACCCCCAGUUCAACCCCAGCAACAGCAGCCCGCACCGCAAUCCAACAUGUCUGACCUCGAAAGAAUUUUUAAUCAAUUCCGCGAGACGAACCAAGCCCCCGUGCAACAACAACAACAACUACCGCCAGCCGCGCCGGUGGCUACGCAAGGCCUCGAUUGGCAGAAGCUGCUAAAUGUCAUGGCCCUUCAGAAACAAAUGCAACCAGCUCCGACCUUUCCGCAAGUGCAGGCCACCCAAGGCCCUGAUUUGGCUGCCAUCUUAGCUCAGUUGAACCCAGGCACGCAGCAAGGACAGCAGCAACAGCAGCAGAUGGCCCAGUCGUUUGACUUUAGCCAACAGGUUGUAACUCCUUACGAAAAUCCAGAGCGGAAGCGCUACCGUGAGGCCGCGGAAACCGAGGAUGCAGAUGAUAAUGGCUACGGAUAUAAUAAGCGUUCCAGGGCGAACGGCGAUUCCGGAAAGUCUAAAAAACAUCCUAAAGCAGGUUUAGUUCCCUGCCGUUACUGGAAAGAAGGCAAAUGCCUGAAAGGUUCAGACUGUACCUUUAGACAUGAUCCUCUCGAUUAA